UCAAGAUUUUUCCUGUUUAUUUUUUGUCUUCCAAGUUUUCAACUUUUUCCUCUGUUACAGGUGGAAGGCGAAGUUGAAAUAGUGGGUAUAGUUCGGAAUUCUGAAAAGCGUGCCCCCUUUGGGGCUAAGAAUGAUCCUAACAGUAGGUUUUACCAUUACCGAGACGUUGAUAACAUGGCUAGAUUCUGCGGGACAGCUCCAGUGUUUCUAGAUGCCACUGAUGAGAGCUCUGUUCCAGGAGGUCCAAUUGGUGGACAAACUAAAGUAUCAUUAAGAAAUGAACAUUUUUCCUACAUCCUCACGUGGUAUUCCUUGUCAGCUCUAACAUCCUUUAUGUGGUACAGAAGAUUUGUGCGAGGCUUACCUCUCAUGUGAAACAGUACAUCUAAUAGAGAAAUGGUGUAUAUUUAAAUAAACAUAAUGCUGCAUUUAAAUAGUAUGUUGAGCUUAAAGAUUUAGUUUGUAUUAAUUCUUGGUCUUUAUUAAUUUAUAUUUUUUUUUUUGCCUUUUCAAGUUACUAAUAUGUUUUUUCUAAUUUCAUUUUAAGAACAGAGAACCAAAAUAU